CAGCUGUUUGACCCGCCGUGAGACUCGCAACGAAACAUCACUGAAGCAACAUGAAGCUCUGCCUCCUGCUGCUGUUCGCCGCCUUCCUUGUCCUCGUCAACGGAAUGCCACCGAUCAGCAGGGACUACAACACACACUGCCGCUGCCUGCAGGUGGAGUCCAGGAUCAUCCCUCCGGACAGCCUCAAGAGCAUCAAGAUCGUCCCUGAGGGAACUCACUGCCCGGCCACCGAGGUCAUAGCUGGACUGACGAGCGGGGAGAACAUUUGCCUGAACCCUCGAUCGGCCUGGGUGAAGAGACUCAUCCAGUUUGUUCUUGAUAAGCAGCUGCAGCAGCAGGGAGGGAAUGCUCCCAAACAAAAGGCAUAAGAAUGUGCAAUCAAUAAAGAUUAAGGCCAUGUUGUAAUGAGAAACAAAUUGACAGGGCACAACAUUUACCCUGGACCGCUGUUUGUAUUAUUUCAGCUGCUUUCAGAAUUGAGCUUUGAGUUCAUAAGUGUAUUUCUACUGAUUAUUAUGAAUACUUUAUACACAUUUUAGAAAUCCAGGUGUUACAAGAUUUAUGCUGUUAAAUGUUAAAAUGUCACAUGCAGUCUGACAGAAAGAGGUCAGGUAGAAAGAUAAGCGUACGACCAAGUAAAUAAGUACGUUACCAGCUGUUAUGCUAAAGAGUUGGAUGCUGGAGCAGCGAGCCUCAAUGAUGAAAAUGAAGAAUAUGUAGCAUAACUGGAAACUGAAAACAUUUGUCUGCACAGCACGUUGGGCAAUGUAAUAUGUUACUCUGACUGAAAGCAAAUAUGUAGCGUGAAAUAUUGUUGUUUUUUGUAUCUGAGUAUGUGUUAAUUUAGGUUUGUAAGGUGGAAUGUAUAGCCUACUACCCAUAGUAAGUUAUGCAGCAUGUUUGUUAGUAUACCCUCUGUACUUUGGGUUGUCAGUAUGCCUCUGUACCAAUGCCACCAAAUCUCUCAACACGUUUUGUAUUUGAUUGAA